AUGCUGUGCCUCCACUCUUUCUGGGCGUACGCAUUUGUCCUAACCGCAUUCACCGUAGGAGGUGUGCACGCCGGCGCUCAAAUAGACUGCGUCUUAAAAACACCUAACGGUCGUAUCGUUGGCCAUCAAAGUGAUACCCAGCCGGGAGUGUGUGAGUUCCUUGGCAUCCCGUAUGCCGCCGCUCCUGUUGGAAACUUGCGCUUUGCGCCUCCAGAAGCGAAGAAUCUCACGGGAGACUUUGUCGCCAAUACAUGGGGUGCCGACUGUCCCCAAAAUCCUUCAUCGCUUUUCGCAUACCCGAAUGCUACCCCUCAGUAUAGCAGUGUGUUCACCAGUUUUGUCAGCACGACGACAACCAACCACACCCAAAGUGAAGAUUGUCUGAAGCUCAACAUCUGGGUAAAGGCCAAAUCGCUGAACAUAAGCCAGCCUGUACUUGUGUGGAUCCAUGGAGGAAGACACAACUCUGGCACUUCUAAUACACCAUUCUACAACGGUGCCAACUUUGUUGCAUCUGAGAAUGCUGCUUUUGUUACCUUUAACUUUCGCAUGAAUAUAUUUGGCUUUCCCGGAGUUCCUGAAGGAACCCAGAAUGUCGGCCUCCUUGACCAUCGUGCCGCUGUGCAGUGGGUGCACGAUAAUGUCUUACCAACCAACGUAGCCCUGUUUGGACAAUCCUCUGGUGCCGCAGCAGUAGCCAACUGGGCAUACGCGUUCAAGGAUGAACCGUUGGUAGCAGCGGUCGCUUCACACUCGGGGAAUCAGUUCUCCUUCCCGACAAACACUCUUGAGCUUGCUGCGAGCAAUUGGUACAAUGUCUCAGGCGCACUGGGGUGCGGUACAACGGGAGCCACACUCGAGUGUAUGCAAUCGCCAAAUAUCACAUUUCAACAAAUUCUUUCCGCAGCGAAAAAGGUGCCCGUCGUGCCCACAAACUCGCCGACACGUUCCCAGCCUCAGUUUCAGGCGACCCAGGAUAACAAGACGUGGUUCUCGACCGAGGAGUACAUCUCCCGGGUCAGGUCUGGCGAGAUCGCCCGCAUCCCCUAUCUGCAAAUCCAUGGUGACCACGAAUCCGGAUUUUACAGGAUUUCCGCUUUGGCACAGGGGAACAACCUCACGGAGGAGGUAUGGCAGAAGUUUGAGCGGGAAACAUUCACAUGUGCCGCCGCAGCUGAGGCGUUUUACCGAAGUCAGCUAGGUAUUCCCAAUUAUCGACUUCGCAAUAUGGCAGAUUGGGAGAAUACGCGUCUGUACGACACGCCUUCUAGUGGUGCUUAUCAUGGCGUUGAGAUACACAUGAUUACGGGAAAUUCGGAAUUGGUCAGUGGUACGGCACCGACUGCUGCCCAGGUCAACCUUACCGCAAACCUAGCAAGCUGCUGGUCAACCUAUGCAGCUGAUCCAGUCGACGGACUGGCGGGUUUAUUUGGAUGGCCACAUUAUCAAACAGGUGCAGAAACCCUUGGCCUUGUUGGUGCUGAAAGCACUGCCGAUAUCGAAUUUGUCGAUGCAGCUAUGUACGAUACCUUGUGCCCAGCUGCCGACUUGGACUACUGGGACGAUGCGAUUCCAGUUCGAAAAGUUCAUUGGCGCACACCAAAUUUCUCAUGA